AUGCCGUGGCUUAAACGCCUCAAUCCGAUGAUCAACUGGGAAACUGGUGACUUUUGGUUUGGUAGAGACGCCAAAUGGCCAUCGAAACCCGCCGUCGAAGAUGCACCAGAUGAAGAAGUUUUGAUUUUCAAGAAAGAUGGACUCCCAGAGUUAAUCACCACCGAAACUUCCCCUACCUCGUUUGGGCAUUCGGAAUCUAUCAGAGAAAUCAUGGCCGAUAACACUGAGCAUGGCAAGUUACCCGCAGUGCAGAAUGAUACCGAACCAGAUGACCCACCAUCAGAACCCCCUAUGGAUCAGCUCGAUGACGACGAUCUAGUUAUAUCCUAUAUCGCAGGAGAGCCAGUUAUUGGGAUAUUUGAACCCAUCAGGAAGGAAUCACCUUUGACGAAUGAAGAGACUGAAAUCGCAGUCUUCACCAUAUGA